AUGAGUCAUUCGCAGGAGGCCAUGGACGAGAGCUUCCUGAUGACCAACAUGUCACCACAGGUCGGCGUUGGGUUCAACCGAGGCUACUGGGCACGCCUUGAAGGCUUUAUGCGUCACCUGGCUGGUAAGUACGACGCCAUCUACGUUAUCACUGGACCGCUGUUUCUACCAAAGAAAAACAAGCGCACUGGGGAGUACGAGGUGUCUUACCCUGUGCUGAGCUCUCCGCCGGACGCCAUCGCUGUCCCCACGCACUUCUUCAAGGUUGUGUUGGGUGAGAAGCGUGGCGGGGAAGGCUUUGCCACGGCAGGCUUCAUUCUGCCAAACAAGGUCAUCCCGGAGAACAAGGACCUGCGCGACUUCCAGGCGCCGCUAGACGUCAUCGAGAAGCAGGCGGGCCUCAUCUUCUUCGACAAGCUUGAUGGAGUUAACAAGGUAGACCUGUGCCGCGAAAACACGUGCACACUCGCUGCUGCCUACCGUCGGGCCUCUUCGGUCGAUUCUCAGUAA